UUUUCUCUGGGCUGGGGCGCCGCCGCCGCCGCCGCUGCCGCCGCGCCGCCGCGCUGCCGCGAGAAGGGCAGAGCGGACAGUGAGAGAGAGAGACAGAGAGAAAGGUCCUCCGUUGCCAUUGGUUCACCCUCCAAUGGCUGCCACGGCCAGUGCGCUGCGGCCGGCGCACCACGCUGAUCCGAAGGCAGGAGCCAGGUGCUUCCUUCUGGUCUCCCAUGGGGUGCAGGGCCCAAGCACUUGGGCCAUCCUCCACUGCACUCCCUGGCCACAGCAGAGAGCUGGCCUGGAAGAGGGGCAACCGGGACAGAAUCCGGCGCCCCGACCGGGACUAGAACCCGGUGUGCCGGCGCCCCAAGGUGGAGGAUUAGCCUAUUGAGCCACGGCGCCGGCCCCUGGGUUGCCUUUUGAGGGCCAGAGGCCAGUCUACUGGAGCCCGUGUGUGUGUCGACCAGGUGGCAGAGGAGUGUGCUCUAACAGAGAUGGGUGGCAUUUUGGGGACAAGUGACCGGGUCCCCAAGCUCAGAGGUGGCUGUGUCCAGUGCAUCAGCCCCGUGCCCUCUCGCGUGGACAUUUUUAUACUUGGAGUUGUGGUUUUGGACCUGCAGGUAAGUGCUGACACGCUGUUCUCUGGUGACUGUCGCCAGAGAGAGGGGACUCCGGACGUGCGUUGGGGACACGGGGACAAAGUGGGCUUCCAGUGGGCUGGUGCUCGACCGUGCUCCUUUCUGAGAGCCACCUGCUUGGGCUCGCGCGGUGGCUUGUGUGCGUUCGUCCCGGUUGUCCCGCGACGGUGAUGCCACCUCCGGCCUAUGGUGCCCGAGGGCGGUGGGGGUGAGGCGGGCGUCGGGUCCUCUACCCGCGUGCGCUCCUUGCCGCUGGUGAGCCGAUCGCCUGGUGGUUGUGACAACCCUCUGACUGAAAGGACCUCGAUGAGGGGUGGCUUCAUGCCACACGUGUGCGUGUCAGGCGUUCUCCGCUGGGGUUGUCUACCGCCUGCAGUGGGAGGCGGGGGCCGGCGAGGCUGCAGCGGGCCCCACUGGUGGCUGUCCUUGCCGGGUCGUGCCCCCCGCCCUCACUCCACGUGUUAAAACUCCGAGCUGACUGUGACCGAUGUGGUGCUGUGGUGCUCUCCUGGGCCGGACCUAAGCUGCUCCAGAUGAGGGACGGCCGUUCAUGGCGAACGCUGCCGAGCCUCUCGUUCUGGCCUGCGGGCCCCUCGUUCUGCCUUCCCCACCCGUGGGUGGUGUGUGGGUAGCAGGGGUGCGGAAACCGGCCCGACCUCUGCUGUCCCCGUGCUUUUGCGCGCGGGGGGGUGCUGGGGUCCUGUGACGUGGCGGGCAUCCCUCGCUGUCGCCCUGUUGUGGGCUGUGGCUGUGGAGCCUUGACUCCACGCGAGCCUGUGCGGUGCCCCUGGAGCGGUCCAGGUUGUGCCUCAGGUGCCUGAAGCCGAGUGGUGGUGUUGCUCCUGUCCCCCCAGUGCCCUCUCCCGGGUGUCGCUGCUGUGGCUGCCUCUGGCUGCUGCCUGUGCCCCUUGGGAGUGUUGGGGGGGUCGAGGCGGUAAGAGAAGGGGAGACCCGUGCGUGCUUCGCCUCGCUGGAGGGAGGCUGCCGGUGUCGUGCCGUCCCCACGUGUGUGGGGGGUAUCGGCUUGGCGGGCGCAUGCCUGCGUGCUUGCCACCCCCUGUGGGGUGGUGUGUGCCAGGUGUGUCGAGCGGUCGCGGCGUGGUCCGGCCCGGCUGGACGAGUGCGGGGGCUGGGAAGGGCUGUGGCGAAUGGGAUUGGUAAUGCGCCCAGCCUGCCCUGGCCCUGGCCGCGGAUGCUCAAAGUGCCAUUUCUUUACCUAUACCGCAGACCCCCCCCCCCCGCCCCGAUUGCGUGGCCUCGGGUGGUGCUCCCUCGGUUUGCCUCCUGCCGGCCCGGCGGGGAGGGGGCAGUUGGAGUGGGGGUGUGGCCCACCUUCGGUGAGGAAAGCCUUCUCUAGCGAUCCGAGAGGGGCGUGCCUUCUGAUGGGGUACCGUUACCCCCUGGCCGCCGUCCCUCCUGUGCUGAGUGCGUUGGGUGGCGUGCUCCACCCGUGCGCCCCGUUUGCCCCUUCUGUUGGGGGGGGGAAGCGUAGGCGUGCUGGUGGGUCUGCCGGUCCCCGCGGUGGGGACCGGGGCGCUGCUCUUUCGGCCCUAACGGCCGCGGCCCGCGCCUCCCCCCUCCGUGUUGGGGGAGGGUCCCGCCGGGCCGGGCUGGCGGUCCGUCGCUCGUUCGUGUUUGGGGCCGGCGCGCGCGCCCGUGCGUGCGCGUGCCUUCCGUGUCACUCUCCGUGUUUGCCUUGUCGGCCGGGGCUGGGCGGGGGCGCGCGUGGUCUGUCCUGCGCGUCCCCGGGGCUGUGGCGCGAGCGGGCGGCUCCCUGCUUCCCCUGCUCGCCACCCCGGGCUGCGACUGGCCGUCAUCGGGGCGGCGGUCGGCACGUGUGUUGGGCUUGGGCCCAGCCCUCUCUUCCCCCUCGGCCGCGUGGUCGCCCCUGGGGAGCGUUCCCUCGGGGUCGCGGCGCUUCCCGGGAACGGGGAUCCGGACGGUUGGCUGGGCGGGAGGCGGCGCGAGGGCCGUUCGGCGUGUGCGGUUGUUGGCGACGUCGCGUGGAGGCGCCCCGGCGGCGGGGCUCCCGGGUGCGCGUGGGAGAAGACGCGGAGGGUCGCCGGAGGCGGGCUCCGGUGUCCCUGGCCGUCGCGGGGCCGCCCUGGCGUGUGGCGGUGCGAUCCCGUGUCCGUUUCCCCGGCGGGGUCCGGCUUUUGUGGCCCGAGGCGAUUCCCGCGUCCUCUCCCUCGCGCCUCCGGUGCCUCGCCCUCCGUGGCCCCGGUGCGGCCCCCACCCCCCCUCGCUGCCUCGGCGGGCUGGGCCGUUCGCCCUCCCCCCCUCCGGGGGAGGGUGGACUCUUUGAAGGCUCUGCUCCCCGCGUGCCUGUGGGGGCUUUGUGGGGUUGGGGUCUGUCCGUGACCGGUGGCGGUGGCGGUGGCCGGUGGUUUUCCCCACGUGAGGACGCGUGUUGGCUGGCAGUGGCUGAGGCACGACGGCCCCCGGUUGGCCGCGUCAGGUGCCGCCUCCCCGUCCCGCGGGACCGCCCUUGCCCUCGGAGGGUGCUGGCGGUGAGAUCCCGUGUGUGGUGGUGGGGGUGUGUGUGCUCUGGCGUGACUGGCCGGCUGGACGCGUGGUGAGGCCCUUCUGCCCGCACCGUCGUCGCGUGGGUGGGCCCUGGCCCUUCCCCGUCGCCCUUUGCCGCGCCUUCCUCCGUCUGCUGAGCGGCCCUGGCCCGUCUCCUUUCGCUCUCUUGCUUCUCGUCCGCUUCCCGACCCGGGUCGCCGUGACCCUGCUGUGUUUCGCCUCCCCUUGGGCCCGCCGUGUCUUGGGGGUUGGGGGUUUCGUCCCCCCCUUCCGCGUGUCGAGCCGCCCCGGGUGGCGGUGGCGCCGCUCGUCGGCUUGUUGGCGUGCGUGGGGGAAGGAGAAGGAGGAGGAGGAGGA